UAUAAAAUAGCCGAUAUUAAUGUGAUGGUAUGUACAACAACGGUAAAAUAAUUAUAAAUUACAAUUAAUAUAUUGUACUUUAUUGAUUAGUGAUUACUGUGUGGCGUGUGCGUUUUUGACUUUUGAUAUUUUGCACACGCUUUGUAUCAAUCGUAUCGUUUUUUGAUUUGUACGAUUAAAUUUUUUUACUUCUAAAUUGACGCGUGCUUCCUUCGGUGGUCGUAGUAAUGUGUUACAAAUGUGAAUUUUUAAAAAUAUAAUUAUUGUACUUAGUAUUGUUACCAUUGAACCAUUGUAUAUAAUCGUUACAAGAGAACAACGCCGAUAGUGAGAAAUUACAAUAAAAAUACCGUGUCGCGUGUUCCCCAUGCAAGUUUAAUCGUUGUUUAAUGAAGGCCAUGAUGUCAUCUUUAAUCAAUUAAAAACUAGCUGGAACGAAAACAAAAAUUCCAUAUCAACCGUCGUCGUUGUAGAGAAACAUGGAUAAUUCUGAAGCAACUGAAAAUGUUAUAUGCGAUACAUCUCAACAACAGCUAUUAACUGAAAAUAACUGUCAGUCAGUUGAAAAUGUAUUGCUGAACAAUGAUUAUACAGARCCUUCAAAAAUUAUAGAUCAAAUUAGUAAUUCCGAAAACCAAAUACCUGUAGAAUCACCUGAUGUCAGUUUUCAAAAUGCAAAUGUUACUACUGAACUUAGUUCAAUUGUUCCAACCGAUAAUUCUAUGCCACCUCUUCCACCACUACCUAAAAAUGAUAAUGGACAACUGCCACAAAAACCAGCAGGAUCAGCCCCAGCUGAYUACAACUUGCAGAACUAUGCAAACUACAAUAAUUAUAUGUACAACUAUAAUAAUUAUUAUGGCUAUCCUUAUCCUCAAUACCAAUGGGAUUACAAUAGUCAACAAUAUUAUCAACCAUAUCAAAAUUAUUACAAUUAUAAUUUUAAUCAAGCAAAUCAAACUCAAACAUCAAAACCCCCUCCACCACCAGAUGCUGUACAAUUACCAGUUGAAGAGAAACCAGCUAAUAAAACCAACACUACUGUUGACGACUCUAAUAGGUAUUCUCCUACAGCAGAAACUGAUGAUGAUGAUACAAUGAAAGUAUUAUCAGAAAACCAUAAAUCUGAUGUUCUUAUUGAAAACACUACACAAAUUACAAAUGCUGCUUCCUUUCAAACUGUGAAAUCUGAACAAAUUGAGGUACAAAAAAAUGUACUUGAGAUUGACAAAAUAAUAAAACAGACCAUUGAGCCUCCAGCAAUGCCUUCGAUUACACCAGUGCAACAGCAAGUUCCUUUAAUUGCUCAGGUGCAACCAUAUAAUACUCAGGUUCAACAACCUAGCUACUCAAUUAAUGUACAAAGUCAAAUGCAAUCAACUGAAACUUUUAACGAGGUGCUAAAUCAACAGCAAACCUCCCCUGCAUUAAAUGGCAAAGAUGACUCUAUUGAGAAAGUAUCCAAAGCAUCAACAGUAUUGGGCAAAUCCCAAGCAAAAAAACGACUGAUGGCAUUUUCAAUGAUGAAACAAAAGUUACAAGAACAAAAUAAUUCAAUUACUGAUAAUCAAAGUCCAGACAAUGGAGAAGGAAAUGACGUGGAAUUUGUACCCGAACACAAUGUAUUUCAAACGGUUACAAAGAAAAAAGUUGUCACUAAUAAAAAAGUUGCUAAAGUAAUCAAGGCUCAACAAACAAUUGAACAAAUUGAAGAAAUGAAAAAAGAUGAAUUGUUACAAGGAAAUAAUGCAGCAUUAUAUCAACAUCUCUUAAGAAGUGGCGGCAACGAAGCUCCGAUCCUUCAGAAACUUGGUAUAGAGUCUUUGGCAGAAAAAUAUUCAGCUAAGAUUAGAGAACAGGAUAAGCGCUCGAGUAGACAUCAUCACAGGCGUCGAGAUGAAUCUAGAAGAAGCCACAAAUAUCGACAUCGUUCACAUUCAAAAUCCAGGUCUAGGUCAAGAUCAACAGAGAAGCCAAAGAUGCGAGCUCUAGAAGUCAAGAGUUGGAAAGAUUUUGUCAAAGGUGGAUUUCAUUUUGACAGAUUUAGAAGAUUCAAGAUGGAUGAAGCUAAAGAAAUAAAAGAUAAAGAGCGCAAGUCCAGAAAAAAGAAAAGACAUGGAGACCCAAGAUCUGAUUUCAAAAACCAUAAAAAUGAAUCUAACAUACCAACUGAUACAGAAAAAGGAAUCAGAGAUCAGACACGUUACAACUUAUUGGAUCGCAAAAAAGAAAUUCUUAAGGGUCUUGAGGUCAACACACACGAAGGAGACUUUACUAAGGAUUUUCCCAGUUAUAUUAUUCGAUGCACUAAAAGUAAACCUGUCAUAAAGUUUAGUGAAAAUCCAGCAAAUGCCACUUAUCAUCUUCAGAACAGGCAACAAAUGUUUGCUACACUUCUUCCAGAAAUUGAAGCAAUUGUUCUCAAGUUCUUAUCUGCAAUGAAACCAAAAAAGCUUAAAGAAAUUCAUGCUGACAAUAAUUAUAACAGCAUAGAUGAAAAACUUUUAGUUAUGAUGAAAGAUAAAAAUAUUUAUCCAUUCAAAGGUUGGUGGCCAAAAACAAGUUUUAUUGUUACUCAAGUCAAAGAAGAUCCAAAUGUUGAAAUAGAUGAAGAAGUGUUAAUGAAUGAAAUCACAAUUAGUAAACGAACUAAAAAAUCUAGAUUCAAUGAUGAUACAUCUCUUGUUGAAUUAAGACCUACUGUUCCAUCUAAAUGGGAUAGUGAUUAUGAUGGUAGUCCAGCUGCUGAAAAUAAAGUAGCAUAUGUUGAAGUUACUCAUGGUGUAGAAAUGAAUACUAAUGAUAAUGUCUGCUCAAUCAAAAGAGAAGAAAACAAUCUUUUGGAUAUAAGCCACCAGGAAGAAGCAAUGGACACUGCAUCUGAUGUUGGUGAAGAUGAACCAAAAAUUGAAGUGAAUGAAUGUCCAGUUCUUCCAGUUGAGAUUCAAGAAGAACAAGGACACACUAAAUUAAAUACAGAAUAUGAAGAGUUUUUGAAAAUUGUAAAAGCUGAUAAGGAAGAAACUGACAUUUCUAUUUCUACCACUGCUACUAAUGUAACUAYUCUUAAAGAUAACGAAAAUAACCUAUCAAUGAAGUCUGUGUCAUUGAAUAAUGAUUCUAUACAAGACGAGUCUGAAGAUUAUAUGUCCACUAAGUCGUCAGAUGAAUCUGUUUCAUUACAAAAUGCUGCCGAGGAGUCAAAUGAUCGAUCAUUUAUUGAAGAAUUAUCUUCUAUUGAUUUAAAACAUCGAAAAAAGAAAAAAUCUUCUAGUAAAAAGUCUAAAACAUUUAAGAAUAAAGGAAGUAAAAAAAAGAGGCGUAAAUCAAGUUCUAGUGAAAGUUCACAAGAUUCUGAAUCAGAAAGUAAUAGUAGUUCAGAUGAUAGUGAUUCUGAAUCAACCGAUUCUACUUCUACAGUUGAGAAAAAGAAAAAAAACAAAUCAAAAAAUAAAAGAAAAAAAAAAUCCAAAAAAAAUUACAAAAAGAAACACAGGAGUGAUAAAAAUAAGACUAAAAGUCCCGAAGAUGAAAAAGAUGCUAAUAGUAGUAUUCUCAACUUAAUUGAAAAAGCAUUGAAUGUUGAAAUUAAAAAGAGACCUUCGGAUAGUAAAGAACCUAAACAUAAGAAGAAGAAAAGGAAACACGAAAAAAAAGAAAAUAAAUCAAAUGAAGAGAAUGAUGAAAAAUUUGAAAAAGUUAAGGAUUGUUUGAAAGAAACAAUUACAAAAUUGGUUAAAACUGAUAAAGUGAAUAAAAGUCAGUCUCUAUCAUGUGAUGACACUGUCAUUGAAGUAUUAAAAUAUUUAAAUGACAAAGAAAAAAAGAAUAAAAAAUCAAAGAAAAGUUUGAAAAGAAAGCACGAAUCAGAUAUUUCUGAUGACGARGAAACUCCCAAAAAAUCUAGAUUAAUUGAUAGUUGUUCAAAAUCUAAAGUUAACGAUAAGAAAAAAAAGAGUAAAAAUAGAAAAUCUGUUGAUUCAGACGAACAAAUUAUGAUAAAAAAAAAGUCUAAAAAAAAAUCUAAAACUACUAAUACUUCAGAGGCUGUUGAUAUAGAGGUAUUAAACCAUAGUAAAAAUAAAAAUGAUUCAGUUCAGUUUUUUGAAUUGCGACCCAAUGAGUGGAACAUAAAUAAAAAAAGUUCCAGGAGGGGAGUCGUCCAUCACUCGGAAGUAAAAAUUAAAAAUAAAACAUCACCUUUACAUAAUGCCAGUAAGUCUAAUAAUAAYGAUAGAAAAAAAAAAUCUGAUUCCCUUAAUUUGAAAGAUAAAUGUCCUCCUACAAAAAAAAGUAAAAAUAAAUUGCUUAAUGUAUUUCAAGACCACAUUGAUGAAAAAGAAAGUAAAAAACUAUUGAAUGAGCCCGACAAAAAUAUUACAAGUGAUAACAUAGUCAAUACUUCAAAAAAUAUAAAUGAUGAAGAAAAAAUUUUAAUUAAUUUUAAAAACUCUGACAUCGAAUCUAAUGAAGAAAAACAUUGUAUUGAAGAAAAUGAUGAAAUGUUAAACGAAUUUGUUGUUAAGUUUCCUAAUGAUAUAUUUACACUGAAAAAUGACAAUAAAGAUCCUAAGAGUAUUAUUGUACCACAAACACAAAGCACUCCAUCUAUUGAUCUUUAUGAUAAACCUCCUAUUACUUGUACUGUUAUUAAACCUGUUACAGAAGCUAUAUCGUAUAGAGAUAAAGUAAAAAUGAAUUUAAAGAAACUUUCAACUUGUCAAAAUAUACCAUUUGGAUUUGGAUUUUCUUCACCAAUUAGCCUUAUUAAAUUUGAUAAAAGCAAAGAUCUUAAAGUGACCAAAGAGGAAGAAAUAUCUAAUGAAGUUGARCCAAAAGUAGACAAUCUAAAAGUUAAUGAAACACAACUUUUAAAGCUUGAUGAACCUAAAGUAGUUAAUCUUUCUCAAACUCAAAUGGAAAAACCUGAUGAAAUCAAAAAAGAAUUACUUAAAAUCCAUACUGAAACUAACAAUAAAGUAUUUGAUCAUAGUUAUGAUUGGGAUGAUUCUGAAGAAUCCGAUAUUGACCAACCACUUAUUACAAGCACUAACACGUCAGAACAUUCAACUGAUGAAAGAGUAAGUGAACAGAUUAAUUCAAAUUUGUUGAAAAAUGACUUACCAACUAUAUCUAACAAAAAUGAAAUAUCCUCAAAUCAUAGUGAAUUUAAAGAACUUGAGGAUAUUACAUCUAAUGUGUUAGAAACAAAUAUUUAUUCAGAUUCAGUUAUCAAAGAACAAGAAAUUCCUUUAGAAGUUGACAAUUUUGCUAUAGAAAAAGAAGUAAACACCUUGUCRAAUUUGUCUGAUUUUUCUGAACAACAACUAGGUGUUAGUACUGAAAUUUUGCAAAAUGAUGUUAUAUCAGUUAAAAUGGAGAAAGAAAAUUCAGAUUCUAUGUGUUCACAAAAGUCUAUUAUCGAGAUACGAGGAGUUUCUAAAUCCAAUAAUGAACUGAUUACUCAAUGGAAAUCAGAUUGGAUUAAUUUGGAUAAGUCAGUUACUGAAAUUAACCAUUCAAGCAAAUGUAAAUCUGGGGAUGAAGAUUUAUCAUUGAAAAAGAAAUCUCGCUGGGAUAAACAACCUAUAGAUAGUAAAAUAAGUAAAUCACAGGAUUUUAAUAAUAGACAUGAAGAGUUUAAGGAUGAAACUGAAACAAGCAUCUUAACUGAUGAAAUAAAACAUACUCCAUCUAACAAUGAAGAUCUCAGUAACGAAGAAAACCAAGCAUGUGAAAUAAUGUCAAUAAAUUGCAUAAAUGAUUAUCAUGAAAUUCAUCCAUAUGUAUAUGAUGAUUAUUCUCAAACUUAUGAACAAUAUACUGGUAUACCUAUGUACUCUGAAAUGAAAACUAUUGAACAUGAUUUACUUAGUCCAAUUGAUUAUAGUGUGUAUGAAAACUUUAAUCCAAAUUAUAAUUACCAUACUGAAGAUUACGACAUGUGGAAAUCUUUAGACACCGAUACAUCUGAACAUGGGAUGAUAAAAGCCAUUCCAACAACCGAUGAAACAGUUUCACAAGAGGAAAUUGUCAACAAUUAUAAAUCAGAUAGUGCUGAUCGUGAUGAACUAUUUGUAAAACUAUAUCAUCAACAUUUUCAACAUUACAAUCAAAAUCCAAUUAAAUACUCACUGAGUGAUCCUGUUAUAAUUAAUACAGACGAAGUUAAAGUCAAUAUUCCAGAUUGUUUGACUUCUCAAGAAAAGUUGUCAGAAACUGAUAAAAAAUCUGAUGAUAUAAUAUCCAUACCGUUACAAACUCGAGCAUAUGUAUGUAUACUUGAAGACAAUAAUACCAAUCUUUAUCUUACUAGUGACAACUAUAUGGCAUAUUGUGCUGUUGAAGAUAGAUGUAUGGUCCACAUAUCUGUAAAUACAUGUAGCCGUGAUGGAGUUGGAAAUGAUGUCAGACAUUGUUUUAAUGUAAGCAUAAGUGGAUCAAUAAAUGAGUAUUGGUUGCAUGCAGAUUUAAUCCCAUUUCAUGUUCCAUCUGAUGCUGAAUCAGGUGUGUUCAGUGAUGAUGAGAUAGAUUCUUUGGAUUCAGGUUCUGGUCAUGAAGAUGUAGAUAAUGACAAUAACGAAAAUGAUGAUCUUAAUAUUAUUGAAAGUGAAUGGGAAAUAGUUGACAACAUUCAUGACAAUGUCAAUAGUUGGCUAGAUGAACCAUAUAUACUUAAAAAAUAUAAUACUGAGYGUGAUGUUAAUCAUAUUGAUCAAGAGCAUUGUGUAACUAGUUCUUCGGAAUGUGACACUGAUGAAAGUGAACUUUCAGAUUCUUAUGUUGAAAUGCUUACCGAUAAACAAUAUAUUAAUGAAAAUCAUUUCCAAAAGUCACCUGAAACUAAAGAUAAUAAAGACAAAUAUCAAAAUAUGAUCGAUAAAGUGGUACCUAUAAGUGAUUCUGAAAAUACUGAAAAUUCUGCUAAAAGUUCAGAUUCAUUAGUAGAAACUGAGGAGUGUAUAAAGUCAUCUGAAAAAUCAAUUUUGGAUGUUGAAAUUAAAAAUAAAACUGAUACAAUAGAAGUUUUUACAGAGAAUAAUCUAACUUCAAAAAUAAAUUCAGAAAAUAAUGAUGUCCUAGGAGAUUUGGAAGAAAAAUUAAACAAUGAUAAUACCUCAAUUAAGUUAGAAGAAAAAGAAAACAACAAUGGAAAUGAAUCAGGUGUAUUUAUGAAAGAAGAAGUUACUGUGGUUGACCUUUCAAUGAUGGAUACUAUUAUUAAUCAAAAGAUAUUAAUUCAGAAAUUAAAAGUCCGCGCAAAAGAAAAGGUUCACGAGAAAUUGCCCGACACAUUGAUGAUUCGCUAUAGCGACAACAUGGAUACGAUUAAACAUCCAUUCUUAGGACUGUUUCAGCCACCAACUAACAGUAUCCUAUCUAAACCAAGGUCUACUAAACCAAGCACUUUAAACUUGUCUAAACGUGUGACUUUUGCUGAUGGAAUUCGUCCUGGAGACAAUCUAGCAGCAUCUCCAACGCAUGACGACGUUGGUUGUCCAUUAUCACCUCCCCCUCUUAAAACUUUAAUGCGAGAAACAUUAAAAUUCAAACGUAACAUGUAUCCAUUUAAAAGAUCAAAAUUACGCACCAAAUUGACUAUGAUAAAAAAGAAAGUGGCCAAAGUAACUCCUUCAAUUAAGGAAACCAAUCAAUCGGUCAUUGAGUAUUAUAUUAGCCGUCGUCGUCUUGUAGACUUGCCUAUUGAAGGAAUCCCUAACAGUAGUUACUUAAGUUCAGAUCAUUCAUUAAAUAGUAAUGAGCAAACUGAAAAAAUGUCUACACCACCUAGACCCACAAGAGAAGUUACUCCAGUGCCAUCUGAUACUGAGUGUUGGAAUGAUGAUGAUACGAUUAAAAACAACAGAUAAUAAUUCAAGAUUGAAUAAGCUUUAUAGAAGAGUGAAUUAAUAGAAUAUCAACCUAUGUCUUAAGUUCAAUGUUACAUAAAAAUAUAUAUGCAUGCAUUUAUAUUAUGUCUACAUAAUUUUAUAUACACCAUAUACAUAAGUAAUUAAUAAUUGUAUGGAUGUAUAUUACAUGAUAGGAUGACACUUAUUAUUAUUUUUUGUCUUGAACAAAAUAUAUGUAUCCUAAUAUUAUUUUUUUUUUAUGGUCUAUCCCAAUUAUAUUAGUUGUUUAAAAUAAUUAUUUAUCUAUGUAUUAAUAUUUAUUGUUUAUUAUAUGAACAAUGUUAUAGAAUGAGAAGUUAAACAGGUGCCACAUUUUGAGUGCAUAACAAUAUUUUUAAAACACUUUUCUUAAAAUAAUUGUUACAAUAAUAUGACUUAGAUAUUAUACUAAAUAAUAAACAAAAGAAAAUUUAAAUAACUGUAACUACUACUAAUAUGUAUCAUGCAUUAUUAAACUGCUGCUUUUGAAUGCAGGCAUUAUAAAUUUAUAGAAUAAUUCUAAAUUUAUACUACUUACCAUAAAUGUGUUUUCCAAAUCCAUUUAAUAUUCAGCUCAUUAAAAUGUUUUUUUAGCAUUUUUAAUUUUUAAUUUAUGAUUAUUGAUUAUUUAAAUACCUGUAUUUUAAAUUUAAUGCAUUUAUCAUAAACAAAUUUCUUAUUUUUAACUGCUACUUCUUUUUCUGUAUARAAUUUUGAUUGAUUUGCAAGUAGCCUUAAUUCAAUUUUCCGCUUAGCAGCUAUGGCUGACUAAAAACUUCAAUCUCUUUAUAUUCCCUGAGAAAAAAAUCUGAGAGUAUUUAUGUCAUCAUUAACCAUUUUAUUUGUAUGCCCUGAUAAAUGAUUUUAAAUGAUAAAUGAUAUAUAUAUUUUUUUUUAAGAAUAUUKUAAUUGCCUUUUUAAGAUAAGUUUUAACUGUGUUUACUGUUAACAUAAUAUUAUGUAACAUGGUGUAUUAUAUAUUAUGUGUAUUGUAAUUAUAUAUAACAAUGUUUAAAAAAAUAAUUAAAAUUUUAAACAGAUUUUGUAUUGUGUAAAACGUAUCACAUUUAAUUUAAAAAUGUAUCAUUGUGUUUAUACAAUAUAACAUAAGACAUAG